UUUAUUUUGACCUUUUUUUCCUCCAUUCCUUCAUUACCAAAUUCUCUCUCAAUUCCACAUAACAUUUUCAGGCCACUCCAUGCACUAAACCAACGCCUUAAAUCGUGCAAUGACAACUUCUUACUCAAAUUCUAGAAAUAAUCAACGUAAAAUCCUUAAAUAACGUACCGUGAACCAUCAGAAUUCAUCGUGUGUAUCAACAAUGGCAACAGCUUUAGCUGGUGAUGAUCUUGCACGAUCAGUCAGCAGCGGGAGGAGAUUGGCUGCGUCCGCCUCCGGCAGGAGCCGCAGCUUCCGGGAGGCGUGGCAGGAUCAGCCUGAUGCGUUCAGCCGCAACGGACGGCAGGAUGAUGACGAGGAGGAGCUCUUGUGGACCGCCAUUGAGCGGCUGCCCACGUAUGAUAGGCUCCGAAAAAGCGUUUUAACGCAAGUUUUGGAAAAUGGGAAGGUUAAAGCAGAUGAAAUUGAUGUGAAGAAGCUUGGUGUGGAUGAGAAGAAGCAGUUGAUGGAUAGCAUUCUUAAGGUGGUUGAGGAAGACAAUGAAAGGUUUCUUAAAAGACUCAGGCAACGAACUGACAAGGUGGGGAUUGAGACCCCAAAAAUUGAAGUAAGGUACGAGCAUUUUUCUGUGGAGGGAGAUGUGUAUUUUGGGAGUAGAGCACUGCCCACUUUAUUGAAUGCUACAGUGAACACAAUUGAGAGCAUUCUGGGACUACUUUGGCUUACCCCUAAUAGGAAGAGAAGAACUCAGAUACUAAAAGAUGUAAACGGAAUCGUCAAACCAACCAGGAUGACACUACUUUUAGGUCCACCAGGAGCAGGAAAGACAACAUUCCUGCUUGCACUUGCUGGAAAGCUUGACAAUAAUCUUCGAAAAUCUGGGAAGAUCACAUACUGUGGGCAUGAACUGCACGAAUUUGUUCCUCAAAGAACAUGUGCUUACAUCAGUCAACACGAUCUUCAUCAUGGGGAAAUGACAGUGAGGGAGACCUUUGAUUUCUCGGGUCGAAGUUUGGGGGUUGGAACAAGAUAUAACAUUUUAGCAGAACUCUCAAGGCGAGAGAAAGAAGCAGGGAUUAAACCUGAUCCUGAAAUUGAUACAUUCAUGAAAGCCACAUCAAUGUCAGGGCAAAAGACCAGUUUGGUCACAGACUAUGUUCUCAAGAUACUUGGAUUAGAUAUUUGUGCCGAAGUUAUGGUUGGCGAUGAUAUGAGAAGGGGUAUUUCUGGAGGGCAAAAGAAGCGUGUGACUACUGGAGAAAUGUUGGUCGGGCCAGCUAAAGCUCUUUUUAUGGACGAAAUAUCGACUGGGCUGGACAGUUCGACCACUUUUCAGAUUGUCAAAUACAUGAAGCAAAUGGUUCACAUCAUGGAUGUAACCAUGAUCAUAUCUCUUUUGCAACCAGCCCCAGAGACCUAUGAUCUUUUCGAUGACAUUAUCUUGCUGGCAGAAGGUCAAAUUGCGUAUCAAGGUCCAAGAGAGAAUGUGCUCGAGUUCUUCGAAUACAUGGGAUUCAAGUGCCCUGAACGGAAAGGAGUGGCUGACUUUCUUCAAGAAGUGACAUCGAAGAAGGACCAAGAGCAAUAUUGGUCCAAAAAAGACAAACCAUAUAAAUAUAUCUCAGUUUCAGAAUUUACAGAAACCUUCAACUCUUUCCACAUUGGUCAAAAGCUUGCUGGAGAACUUAAAGUUCCUUAUGAUAAAUCCAAAGCCCAUCCAGCUGCUUUGGUGAAAGCGAAGUAUGGAAUCUCAAAUUGGGAACUAUUUCGGGCAUGCUUUUCGAGGGAAUGGCUGUUGAUGACGCGUAGUUCUUUCCUAUACAUAUUCAAGACUACCCAAAUAACAGUUAUGGCAAUUAUAGCCUUCACAGUUUUCUUCAGAACAAAGAUGCCUCAUGGACAAUUAACCGAUGGAGGGAAAUUCUUUGGAGCCCUUUUCUUCAGUCUUAUUAAUGUGAUGUUCAAUGGGAUGGCUGAACUUUCGAUGACAGUCUUUAGGCUUCCUGUCUUCUAUAAACAAAGAGAUUUUUUGUUCUACCCAGCAUGGGCUUUUGGAUUGCCAAUUUGGAUCCUGAGGAUCCCCCUAUCGUUCGUGGAAUCUGCACUUUGGAUCAUUAUUACGUAUUACACUAUUGGAUUUGCACCAGCUGCUGGGAGGUUCUUUCGGCAAUUCUUGACAUUCUUCAGUAUACAUCAAAUGGCCCUUGGUCUAUUCCGAUUCAUUGCUGCAGUCGGAAGAACUCAGGUUGUUGCAGGCACGUUAGGGACCUUCACUUUGCUAGUAGUCUUCGUGCUUGGUGGUUUCAUAGUAGCCAAAGAUGACCUCAAGCCAUGGCUGAAAUGGGCUUAUUAUGCUUCUCCUAUGAGUUAUGGCCAGAAUGCAAUAGCCAUGAAUGAAUUUCUUGACGAAAGAUGGAGUACACCUAAUGUGGACCCCCGAUUCAGUGCACCUACAGUCGGAAAAGUCCUCCUCCAGUCGAGGAGCUUCUACACAGAAGAUUAUAUGUUUUGGGUUUGCCUUGGAGCACUCUUCGGCUUUUCAAUUCUCUUUAACAUUCUAUUUAUUGCAGCACUGACAUUCUUAAAUCCUUUAAGUGAUUCAAACACUAUUGUAUUUGAUGAAAAUGAAAGCAAAACGAAGAAGAGGAAGAAGAAGAAGAAUAAUUCAUCUGGAAAAAAUGUGACAGGAGCAUCUGACGGUGUUGAUAUGGAAGUGAAACAUGCUUCAACCAGUUCAAACUCGACUGCUGCCUCUGCGGAUCAUGCUUCUAAAAAAGGAAUGAUCUUGCCCUUCCAGCCUCUUUCACUUGCAUUCGAUCAUAUAAACUACUUUGUCGAUAUGCCUGGUGAAAUGAGAGCUCGAGGGAUUGAAGGGGAUCGUCUCCACCUAUUACGAGAUGUCAGUGGAAGUUUCAGACCAGGGGUAUUAACGGCACUCGUUGGUGUUAGUGGUGCUGGAAAGACAACAUUAAUGGAUGUCUUAGCAGGACGAAAGACUGAAGGGUACAUUGAAGGAACUAUAAGCAUUUCAGGUUACCCAAAGAACCAGGAAACAUUUGCAAGGAUUAGUGGAUACUGCGAACAGAACGAUAUCCAUUCACCUCAUGUUACAGUUUAUGAAUCCGUGUUGUACUCUGCUUGGCUGCGUCUUCCUUCAGAUGUGAAAAUGAACACUCGAAAGAUGUUUGUAGAAGAAGUAAUGGAAUUGGUUGAGCUAAACCCGAUAAGAAAUUCCUUAGUCGGCCUUCCUGGAGUUGAUGGACUCUCGACUGAACAGAGGAAGAGGUUAACAAUUGCAGUGGAGUUGGUUGCAAACCCGUCCAUCAUCUUCCUGGAUGAACCAACAUCUGGUCUUGAUGCUAGAGCUGCUGCUAUAGUUAUGCGUGCCGUGAGAAAUACAGUGGAUACAGGCAGAACCAUCGUCUGCACAAUUCACCAACCAAGCAUAGAUAUAUUCGAAGCUUUUGAUGAAUUACUUUUGAUGAAGAGAGGAGGGCGAGUGAUUUAUGCUGGACCACUUGGUCGGCAGUCUCACAAGCUCGUAGAAUAUUUUGAAGCUAUUCCCGGGGUUCCUAAGAUUAAAGAAGGAUACAAUCCAGCUACCUGGAUGCUGGAAAUCAGCGCACCAGCAGUUGAGGGUCAGCUUGGAGUCGAUUUUGCAGAUAUUUAUGUCAAUUCAUCACUUUAUAAGAGUAACCAAGAACUUGUGAAAGAACUGAGUUCCCCACCACCAGGUUCCAAGGACCUCCGUUUCCCAACAAAGUACUCUCAGCCAUUUCUUACUCAGUGCAAAGCUUGUUUCUGGAAGCAGUAUUGGGGCUACUGGAGGAAUCCACAGUAUAACGCCAUUCGCAUUUUCACUACAAUUGUCAUUGGAAUUAUAUUUGGUGUCAUAUUUUGGAACAAAGGAAAGAAGAUCCAAAAGCAACAAGAUCUUCAGAACCUUUUGGGAGCGAUAUACUCUGCCGUUCUCUUCUUAGGAGUCACGAAUGGUACUUCUGUUCAAAGUGUCGUUUCUAUAGAGAGAACGGUGUUCUAUCGCGAAAGAGCAGCAGGAAUGUAUUCACCAUUGCCUUAUGCAUUUGCUCAGGUGGCAGUCGAGAUAAUCUAUGUAGUAGUGCAAACUUUUAUGUAUGCCGUUCUGCUCUUCACAAUGAUUGGAUUCGAGAUGAAAGCUGUGAAAUUCCUCUGGUUCUACUAUUUCAUCUGCACAAGUUUCAUCUACUUCACUCUGUACGGAAUGAUGUUCAUCGCGCUUACCCCAGGUCUCCAAAUUGGUGCCAUUACAGCAUCUUUCUUCAUCAGCUUUUGGAACUUGUUCUCCGGUUUCCUCAUUCCUAGGACACAAAUCCCAAUAUGGUGGAGGUGGUACUACUGGGGUUCGCCUGUGGCCUGGACAAUUUACGGGCUUGUGACAUCUCAAGUUGGUGAUAAAUCUACACCGCUCGAUGUGCCUGGAGCUGGUACUACAACAGUAAAGACAUAUCUGAAAGCAACAUUGGGCUAUGAAUAUGAUUUUCUACCAGUUGUUGCAGUAAUGCACAUAGUUUUUAUGGUUCUAUUUGUGUUUGUUUUUGCAUUUGGCAUUAAAUACCUCAACUUUCAGAGGCGAUGAAGAGUUUUAACCAUUCUUUGCUAUGAUUGUAAGGUUCAGAAAGGCAGAUUA